GGGAAAGACUGAGACAUUGAGGUGGCUAGGAAUUCCAUAUAUUUCACACAGACUCACUAUGAAUAAAACAUAUCGAUUACUGUCCAGUACAGUACUCCUCGUUGCUCACGUUCGCAUUCAGUGACACACCACACCAACAUGCCGUCAUUAUCACGACCUCCAAAAAUGGCCCCCCACGGACUCACCCGCUGCAGCCAACUUGCAACUCGAUCUUACACACCAACGAGAUGUUUCAGUAUCGCCAAAAACAUUGAUGCUCGCAAGGAACGGGUUGUAAUUCUUGGCUCGGGUUGGGCAGGUUACGGCUUCGCUCGAACUCUUGACCCGGCCAAGUACGAGCGUGUCAUCAUCUCGCCGCGCUCCUACUUUGUAUUUACCCCUUUGCUGGCCUCUACUGCGGUCGGCACCCUCGAAUUCCGCACCAUCUUGGAACCUGUCCGCCGCCUGCCAGGUAAGAUCGGCUUCUACCAAGGCUGGGCCGACGACAUCGAUUUCAACCGCAAGACCAUUCGCGUCGAGACAAACGCCGCCGAGGAGGCUGCAAGUAAGACGCGUGUCCCCGCACCGUUCCCUCCGGCACCGUUCCCUCCGCCGUCGGAAACGAGCGGUCUGGAAAAGGAAGUGUCGACGCCAGCACAAAAGCCCAAGGGAGACGUCAUCGACAUCCCGUACGACAAGCUUGUCAUCGCAUGCGGUGCCUACAGCCAGACCUUCAACAUCGAAGGAGUCCGAGAACAUGCCCACUUCCUCCGCGACAUCGGCGACGCCCGGCGCAUCCGCCUGCGCGUGCUCUCGCUCUUCGAGCAGUGCUCGUACCCGCGCGGGUCCGACCACCUCAGCGACGCCGACAAGCGCCAGCUCCUGCACUUCGCCAUCGUCGGCGGCGGGCCCACGGGCAUCGAGUUCGCCGCGGAGCUGCACGACCUCAUCCGCGACGACCUGGCCCCCAUCUACCCGGACCUCAUGCCGCUCGUCAGCAUCACCGUCUACGACGUAGCUCCCAAAGUCCUCCCCAUGUUCGACCAGGCGCUGGCCGGGUACGCGAUGGACACCUUCGCGCGGCAGAACAUCCACGUCAAGACGGAGCACCACCUGCAGCGGCUGCGGCUGGCCGACGGCGAGCUGGGCCGCCGCCACGGCGCGCUGCGCAUCAAGAUCGCCGAGUACGGCGACGAGGAGGUCGGCGCGGGCCUCGUGGUCUGGAGCACCGGUCUCAUGGCCAACCCGCUCGUCGCCAAGCUCGCCUCCCAGGAGCUCGCCCUCGACGGCGCCAACCCCUACUCCACCGCCCCGGGCUCGACCACCCGCCACCUGCUCCGCGACGCCCGCACCGGCGGUCUCCUGACCGACCCCUACCUCCGCGCGCGCACCGCCACCAAGGGCAGCGACGGCAACAGCAACAGCACUAGCACCAGCACCAGCGACAACCCAACCACCCCCCAACCCGGCGGCGGCAGCGGUGCUGGCGGGGUGCUCGAAGACGUGUACGUGAUCGGCGACUGCGCGGUGAUGGAGCACGACGCAUCACUCCCCAAGACAGCGCAGGUGGCGGCGCAGCAGGCGACCUACCUGGCGCGGCGGCUCAACAGCAUCCCGGCGGGCCGCAACGGCAAGGACAGCGUCGUCCGCGACGCCACCGGCGCGGAGGCUGGGGGCAAGCCGUUCCGGUUCCGCAACUGGGGCACGCUGACCUACCUGGGCAGCUGGAAGGCCAUCCACCAGAGCCAGGCGGACGAGUUAAAAGGGUGGGUGGCUUGGGUGGUCUGGCGGGGUGCGUACUUGACUAAGAGUAUGUCGUGGCGGAAUAAGUUGUUGGUGCCGGUGUACUGGGUCAUUUCGUGGCUUUUUGGGAGGGGGAUUAGUCGCUUCUGAGUGUGGAAGGGGGUUGAGGGGGUGUGGUGGCGGGGGUUGUAAGCUAUGGUAUGUGUACUAUGUACGUUUUGUGUGUGUGAUAUUGUUGUGGUUCAUAAAAUUGGGUUUGCCGGUUAUAGCACGAUAGAUUGAUAUCCUUGAUGGAAAUAGACGCGGGAGCUUUUAGAUGGUGUAUAAUAAAUUGUAUUGCCCCUUUUACAUGAUCUUGUGAGCUUUGGGUGUGUCACCCCACACUGGCGUGGAAUCCGAAGUCAGCCUUCAUAACCACUCUUUUGGCAAUUAUUUCGACGGGCUCCAGAAAUAUGCAGCCCGAUAGAGA